AUGUCACACCAUUUUUCAACCGCCGAGCAGUCUUUCGUUCAGCAAUUCUACCAGCACGACCAACCCUUGGCCGAUCAUUUUUACCAGGCUUCACAUCUUCCCAGCUACCAGCCUGACGAGCAGUCUCUCGGUUAUGAAUUCUAUCUGUCGGCUCAGAUCGCCGGUCUUCAACCUUACGAAGGCGCUAGGAUUACCACAGGGCAGUCUAUCGGUCAUCAGUACUACCAACCAGACCUGCUGGCCAACCCUCAGUCUUACCAGGCUGAACAGACCACCCCUUACCAGCCAGCCAAGCCGAAAUUGCCUUCGGUGAACUACCAAGGUGACUUUACCAACUCCCAUAACCACUCCGCCACGAUCGAUCCGAAUGAGUCUUCAUCCCUAUACUUGACCCAUCUCCCGCCAGACAUCACCGUGACCACUCUCCUCGAUACCAUCUACCUCAGCGUUCCCGAGCUCGACGACCGCAUCUUUACAUGCAGUAUUCGACCCCCUUCUCCGACUCAGGGGUAUCACCACGCGGCCGCAACAACCAUCACCUUUUCCCGAGCGGGCGGUGCCGAACGGCUUUGCGAUCGCAUCAACAACCCGCCAUUCCUUAGCAUCAACGGAAUCAGAUACAGUUCACAGGUCGCCGAGCCGCCCGAGAUAAGGGUUCCUGAGCAUAAUUUCAGGGUGUUGCUCAUCAGUCUCCGAUCGGCCAAUUUUGCUGGCUUUGUCAACAGGUUGGUUCCCCUGUUGCAGAGGCAGCAUGGUGGAGUGAGAUUCGAGACCUAG